AUGUUUUAAUUUUUAUUAUUGGUGAAAAUGAAAAAUACAUAGCAUUUGCAGGCGAGAGGACCAAGCCCUUCGUUCGAAAGCCCUAGCCAGUAGCCAGUAGCCUCCGUUCAAAAGGAGGAGCAUCUCGUCCUGUUCCUCUUCUCCGGCCGUCGCAAGUACUUUCCUCAUCUCCUCUGGUCGCCGUCGUCGCAGACCCUAUCUUUCUCUGGUCUAUCGCCUGAAGUCUUUGCUUCUCAAACUUCCGCCGCCGGCUCCACAGCAAGUGCUCUACUCCAUAUUCGCUUCAUCGUUACUCCAUUAAGGAGCAGGAAAAAUGUCUCGAAAAGGGUUAAUGGAGCAGGACUUAAAGAAGUUGGAUGUGACAAAAUUACAUCCUUUGUCCCCUGAAGUUAUUUCCCGUCAGGCAACAAUUAAUAUUGGCACUAUUGGUCAUGUGGCCCAUGGCAAGUCAACAGUUGUAAAAGCUAUAUCUGGUGUUCAGACUGUACGUUUUAAAAAUGAGCUGGAGCGUAACAUUACAAUUAAGCUUGGAUAUGCCAAUGCAAAGAUAUAUAAAUGUGAAGAUGAGCGUUGCCCUCGACCCAUGUGCUACAAGGCCUAUGGAAGUGGAAAGGAAGAUAGUCCUUUGUGUGAUGUACCUGGGUUUGAAAACUGCAGAAUGAAAUUGUUGAGACAUGUAUCUUUCGUUGAUUGCCCAGGGCAUGAUAUUCUCAUGGCCACUAUGCUUAAUGGAGCUGCAAUCAUGGAUGGAGCGUUACUUCUUAUUGCUGCCAAUGAGAGCUGCCCUCAGCCUCAGACUUCUGAGCAUCUGGCGGCUGUUGAAAUAAUGCGCCUCCAGCAUAUAAUAAUCCUUCAAAAUAAAGUUGAUCUUAUUCAAGAAAAUGUUGCCAUCAACCAGCAUGAAGCAAUUCAAAAUUUUAUUAAGAAAACUGUCGCUGAUGGGGCGCCAGUGAUACCAAUUUCUGCUCAGCUGAAGUAUAAUAUUGAUGUUGUCUGUGAAUAUAUUGUGAAAAAAAUCCCAAUUCCAGAGAGGAAUUUUGUAUCGCCCCCAAAUAUGAUUGUUAUCCGGUCUUUUGAUGUCAAUAAGCCUGGGUUCGAGGUUGAUGAGAUUAGAGGCGGUGUCGCUGGUGGGAGCAUCCUCAGAGGUGUUUUGAGGGUAGAUCAAUUCAUUGAGGUCCGUCCUGGUAUUGUAGUGAAGGACGAGAAUGGCAACAUAAAAUGCACUCCUAUAUAUUCCAGAAUAGUUUCACUGUAUGCUGAACAAAAUGAGCUGCAAUUUGCUGUGCCGGGGGGUCUGAUAGGGGUUGGGACAACCAUGGACCCCACUUUGACCCGUGCUGAUAAGUUAGUUGGUCAGGUUCUUGGGGAGGUUGGAUCACUUCCUGAUGUUUUUGUCGAGCUUGAGGUGAACUUCUUCUUACUGCGACGGUUGCUGGGUGUGAGGACCAAGGGCACAGAGAGGCAGGGAAAGGUCUCAAAGCUAGCCAAAGGAGAGAUUUUAAUGUUGAACAUCGGGUCCAUGUCAACUGGGGCUCGGGUUAUUGCUGUGAAGAACGAUCUGGCAAAGCUGCAACUCACAUCUCCGGUGUGCACGAGCAGAGGAGAGAAAAUUGCCCUCAGCCGCCGAGUUGAGAAGCACUGGCGUCUCAUUGGGUGGGGGCAGAUUCAAGCAGGAGUCACCCUUGAUGUCCCACCCAUGCCCCUUUUGAGUGAAUAGGACGAACAGGUGAAAACUUAAGUGAGAAAAGGCAAAACAGCAACAGGGAACUAGCGAACAAAAAAAAAAAUGUGGGAAGGCAGAGAACUGCUAGGAACAAUUUUUGUCAGGUGGAGAAGAAAGAGAGCAUGUUUUGACUGCUUAAAUUGUUUUUUUUAAUGCUUAGUUGUUCUUUUUUACCACAUUGGGAGUAUUGUUUGUACCUAGUGCUCUAGCAGAUUCUUUACCUGCCUUUUUGUGUGUUGAACUUGGGUUAUUCAUGAGCUGAUGAGUUGUUUUGGCAAA